AUGGCAACCGAACGCUCUUUGGGUGCAUUGUUGCGGUCACUCCAGUCGCCAUCCGACCUCCAGGAUGCCAUUGCAUUACUUCCAACCGCGACUGGUCUGCUAUACACCCUUGCGAAUCCCUUGAACCUUAGCCUUCUCUCAUCGCAACUGCUCUCAGCACCCGCGAUAUGGGAACAUCCACUCGACCUCCACGCUUGCCGGAAGAUUCUCAGCAUCUUCAACACGGCUGCCAUUGCAUUUGUACGGAGUGAAACCUCAGACAGUCCACGAAUCCCCUAUGUGAAACCUAAAAAGAUUGAGCGCGAAGCCUGGGUUAAAGCCGUUGUCAGUGGAGCCGAUGACAAGUCACCUCGCUGGCGGCAUUUGCUUCUGAUCGGGGGUCUCUUGCUAGGGUUUGAAGGCCAAAACAGACAGGGAUUACCGUGGAAUGUUCGCAAGAAACUUGAGUCAGCACUUGUGACGGCUGCACAGCUCGCAUUCGAGGAAUUGAACCCCCAUAAUGAAAUCGAAGGUCUUUGCGUCUCCAUGGUUCUGAAUUAUUCCUUUGAACUGCUAUCUGAUCAUGAAAGGACGAUGCUCAACUAUGAUCGUUUGCUGCCGAUAUUAGUCCACGGAGCUUUUUCAUCCCGAGAAGGCUUUGAGGGGGGAUACUUUCUUGGAACUGUGGAUAAAGAUAUCGUUGAGGGGUCCGGGAAACGUUUCCAAUGGCCGCAGCAGUCCCACACUUUCUGUCGUGUAGCCGCAAUUUCCUCCAGCCCCCUUGUGUCUGCGUUAGGCCCACUUUCUCGACUUAUUGCACAUGCAAUUGAGAAUGUCAAUGAUCCAGGGCUAGUGGCACGGUCUGUGGAUCAUCUCGCGAACUUUGCCCGUACCCUCAUGGUGCAGUGGCGCCAAAACAAGUUGUCGGAAGUUGAUCCAGCGGAGGAGGCAGAGUUUUUGGAUCCAGAAUCUCUAAAUAACACAAUACCGAGUUUAUGGAAGCUCCUUCGUAAUUGCCUAUACUCUAUUGUGAUUGUUCUGCGAGCUGUUCUUGGGCGGGUGAUCAAUGACCAUGUUUUGGCUGCUAACAGAAGUGCACCCUUCUUAGCGAUGCAGGCCCUACAUAUUCUACGGAGCAUGUACUUUGUUUCAUCGCGGAUUGGUCGGAAUGCAUCUUCUCAGCAUAUGUUUGUGACCCUGGCCGCUGUGGAUAUUCUUGCGCAAUAUCCAGAUCUUGCAGAAAACCUUUUGAGAAGCAUCAAGCCCAAUGAACUGGGCCAGAUCCCUGCUCAUCCUCUAGAAAGAUGCCUCGAUUUAUAUUUUCUCAACACGGCAGAGCUCUUUACCCUUGUCCUGUCACCGAAGUGUUGCGAGGAACUCCUUAUUGCUGCCUCAAUCCCGUAUCUCCCUGCAGGUGGAAACAAUCACCUUCUACAGAUCUUUGAAGCCGCUCAUAGCGUGCUUUUGGCCGUCUUUGCAAUCCCAGAUAAUGCGAACAUAACAGCCAAACAUCUCCCAUUUUACGUAGACAACCUCUUUGCCGUGUUCCCUGAUAACUUGUCUAUUCGCCAAUUCCGCUUGGCGUUCAAGACUGUGCUACAGGUUACUGCCCCUCCAUCCCCCAUUGCAAAUAAACAACCUCUUCUACCAUCUAUUUUACUCGAAGUCAUCUAUGACCGGGCUCUACACGCGUCCGAUAAAGUCAUAGUGCAGCCUUCGCCCGUCGGGGAUGGCACUGGGAUGGACCAACCGCAGCGCCCACUAUCGGAGCAAGCGGCUCUAGCUCUUUCUUUAAUUGAUGGCCUGUGCUUUCUUCGGGUGGAAGUUCUCGAAGAAUGGCUGUCCUUGACGGCCAAUCUCAUCAAUGUCAUCCGGGACCCAGAUAUGCGGGCCGCCUGCGUUGAGCGCUUUUGGGACACCCUGAGUAACGGCGAGAUGGACGUUGAGCGAGCCCAUUACUGUGUCACUUGGUGGAGCACCAAGGGUGGACGCGAGCUAGUCCUGUUCGGAUCUGAUCCCGGAACAGAAGCGGAGCCCAAUAGUUCUCAGGGCCCAUAUAUGAGCGGUGCAAUCGGGGGAGUUGCCCCUGAAAGCAAACUAUGA